UUGUCCUGCAAAUGACGAGAGCGUCAGCACUGGCUGUGCCGUGUCCCAUCUUUAUUUACUCUUCAAAAACAAAACAUCGAAAGGUAUUUACACCUCCUGACAAAUCUCACAAGUGUUCCCUUUCGUUUGGCACCGAGAGUAACCAAAUACACCGUGUGGUUGCGGAGAUAUACACAUUUUAUUUCGGGGAGUCGCCGUCGAUUUAAAUCCCCAAAACAGGCGCCGGGCUUGUGGAUAGUACUGAAAAUAGAGUUGGCGUUGGUUCGACUGGAGGGAGCGCUGGCCCAGGCGUGGAGUGCUGCAGCGGUGAGUAAGUGUAGGGAGGCCGGCCCAGGUGGCGUGGUCCCGGAGAGGGGAGCUGAAUGGAACGGAGAGCAGAGGCCAGUAGGGAGGACUGCUGCAGAGAGACUGGCCCAGACUUAAUGGUGCCGGCGAGGGAAGCAGAAGCAAGUGCAGGAACGCACUGCACGAAACGUUGUAACAGACUGAAUUUUCACACCUCCUGUUCUAUAAAAGCAGGCUGCACCUGAAUUUCAGGUUCUUCUGAUUGAAGCCAUGAAUCUGGCAGCUGCUCUGGUGCUGCUUCUCACUGCUCAUAUGGCCAGCGGUGCCUUGUGGCAGCUUGGGGUGAUGAUCAGCUGUGUCCAGCCUGGUGUUAACCCUCUAGCAUACGACAAUUACGGCUGCUGGUGUGGCAUCGGAGGAGGGGUGGGGGCUCCUCGGGAUGAAGUGGACAUGUGCUGUCAAGUUCAUGAUAAGUGCUAUGACACAAACAGAAAUGUGUCUGGAUGUGACUCCCUUAUGCAACAUCCCUACAUCCUGGUUUAUGGUUACACCUGUUCAAAUCAGCAAGUGACCUGCUCAGCUACCAACAAUAGGUGCCAGGCUGCUGUGUGCGAGUGUGAUCGGGCGGCAGCUGAGUGCUUUGCUAAGGCCACAUACAACCCUGAAAACAAGAAGCUGGAUCACAAAGCCGACUGUUAAAAUCCAUGCCCCUUAAAAAAACAGAAUGGUGGAUUUGAAAAAUGUUUUCAAAUUUUCAUUUAUCGCUAUGCAUCAGUUUAACAUAAGGAAAAUAAAGUGAGGCUCAUGUUGCCUUCCA